GGGCCUUCCUCAUACCCUACCUAAUCAUGGCCAUCUUCGGAGGGAUCCCGCUCUUCUACAUGGAGCUGGCGCUGGGCCAGUAUCACCGCCACGGCUGCAUCUCCGUGUGGAGGAAGAUCUGCCCCAUCUUCAAAGGAAUCGGCUAUGCCAUCUGUAUCAUCGCCUUCUACGUGGCGUCCUACUACAACACCAUCAUGGCCUGGGCGUUGUACUACCUGGCCUCCUCCUUCCGCAGUGAGCUGCCCUGGGUCAGCUGCGACCACGCCUGGAACACCCCCAAUUGCAUGAGCUACUUCUCCAACCAGAGCAUCGCCUGGACGGCCAACUCCUCCUCCCCGGCCGAAGAAUUCUAUACGUAAGUGCAUGUAAGUCGAAAGAAGGGGAAGAGGCCGGAAGGAUGGGGGAGGAGGAGUGGACGAUGGGCAGAGGGGUGUCAGGGCUCCGACCAACCACUCCCCCCCCAUUCAAAUCACAAGUCUCUAGCC